GAGGCACAGACACCACUUCCCCAAUCUACAGGAGCCAUUUUAACAGUACCAAACUGCUGGAUUUCUUUUAUCUUCUAGCCCCUGGGAUCAAAUCAAGAGGGAUGAAACCUAUUUAAGGGGAAGACAUAUAAAUGAAGAAAAAUAAGUCAAUGGAAGGUUUCCUUUGUUUAAAUUAAAACACUGGAAAACCCAGAAAAUUUAUGUGUUUUUGACACCUGUGAUUUGUACAGCAAGUUGAGUACUGGAAUCUUUCAUCUGAUACUUGAACCUGAAAUUUUUCUCAUGAAGCAUUAAAGGGAAUGCUUUAUUAUGGCUGCUGUUGUACAACAGAACGAUCUAGUCUUUGAAUUUGCCAGUAACGUCAUGGAGGAUGAACAACAGGAAUCCCAGCUCAUGAAUGCUGGCUGUGAUGAAGAUAAGGAAAAUCUUCUUGGUGAUCCUGCCAUUUUCCCAGCUGUUAUUGUGGAACAUGUUCCUGGUGCAGAUAUCCUCAAUGGGUAUGCUGGUCUAGCCUGUGUGGAUGAGCCUAGUGAUAUGAUUACUGAGAGUUCACUGGAUGUUGCUGAGGAAGAAAUUAUUGAUGAUGAUGAUAUCACUCUUACCGUUGAAGCCUCCUGCCAUAAUGGAGAUGAAACUAUUGAAACGAUUGAAGCUGCUGAGGCCCUCCUCAAUAUGGACUCCCCAGGCCCAAUGCUGGAUGAAAAAAGAAUGUCUAAUAUAUUUGCUUCAUCUGAGGAUGAGAUUGUCGUUGCACCCAUUACCCAUGUCUCUGUCACCUUGGAUGGGAUUCCUGAAGUGAUGGAAGCACAUCAGAUUCCAGAUACCUAUGUGGAAUCCCCAGAAGCUACAAUACCAGAACAACCUAAGAGAAAGAAAGGGAGAAAAACUAAACCACCUCGACCAGAUUCCCCAGCUACUACACCAAAUAUAUCUUUGAAGAAGAAAAACAAAGAUGGGAAGGGAAAUACAAUUUAUCUUUGGGAGUUCUUGUUAGCGCUUCUUCAGGACAAGACUACCUGUCCCAAAUACAUCAAGUGGACCCAGAGGGAAAAAGGAAUUUUUAAACUAGUGGAUUCUAAGGCUGUGUCUAAGUUAUGGGGGAAACACAAAAACAAACCUGAUAUGAAUUACGAAACUAUGGGAAGAGCUCUCAGGUACUAUUACCAAAGGGGUAUUUUGGCUAAAGUGGAAGGUCAGCGCUUGGUAUAUCAAUUUAAGGAAAUGCCAAAAGACCUUAUUUACAUAGAUGAUGAAGAUCCAAGUUCCAGUCUAGAAUCUUCAGAUCCGUCAUUGUUAUCUUCAACAACCACUUCUAGUAGAAACCAACCCAGCAAAUCCAGAGUGUCUUCAAAUCCAGGGAUAAAGGGAGGAUCCACCACUGUUCUGAAACCAGGGAAUUCUAAAUCUGCAAAACCCAAAGAGCCUGGGGAAGCCACACAGACACACCUGUCUGGUCUGUCACCUGAGGUUGUGAGGACAGUUCAGUCAUCACAGGCUCCACAUCCUGUCCAGCUCUUUCGGACUGUUCACCUUAUGCAGCCAAUACAAGCUGUUCCGGAAGGUCAAGGAGCUGUAACCAGUAACAUGCAAGAUGAAACAUUAAAUUCUUCUCUGCAAAAUAUUAGGGCUCUUCAGACUCCUACCCAAGUUCCUGUGGUGGUUUCUCCUGGGAAUCAGCAGUUGCAUACAGUCACACUCCAGACAGUGCCACUCACAACAGUCAUAGCCAGCACAGAUCCAGCAUCAGGAACUGGGUCUCAGAAAUUUAUUUUACAAGCCAUUCCAUCAUCACAGCCUAUGACUGUCCUGAAAGAAAAUGUCAUGCUGCAGUCGCCAAAGCCAGGCUCUCCUCCUUCAUCUAUUGUUUUCAGUCCUGCCCAUGUACAACAAGUUCUUACUAGCAACGUCCAGACCAUUUGCAAUGGGACAGUCAGUGUGACCUCAUCUCCGUCUUUUAGUGGUACUACUCCUGUGGUGACCUUUUCCCCUCGAAAUUCACAGUUGGUUGCUCACCCACCAGGCACAGUGAUCACUUCAGUAAUCAAAGCACAGGACACAAAAGAAACUGUUAUACAAGAAAUGAUGAAAGAGGAGAUGGAAAUAACAGGAGAAGACCUUGAACAAGCAGAGCAGAAUAUUGAGCUGCAGCCACAGCCCAUUGUGGUGAUGGUGUCAAGUUCCAAUGGAUUCCCACCCCAGGUGUCUGUGAAAAGUGAACAGUUGGAGCCCCAUUCUUAUUAAUAUACCAAACGAAUUAUGGAUGAUUUAUUUUUUUAAAUUACUGCAACAUUUUUUUGGUUGUAUAUAAAGGAUUUGAUUCUGAAGCAAAUAGAGAGCCCCAUAAUUUUGGCAAUUAUUAGUCAUAACUUAGUUGUGCUUUCUGUUAAAUGUUAAAAACAAAAAAAAUGCUGCAUCUGCUCCAAGGACAUAUUUUAGAAUUAAAGCAUGAAGGAACAUGCAUUUUAUAUUAUGAAGGCUUUCUUUUGAGAUGUUUGUCUCAAUUGCUAGUUUUUUUUUUAAUCUUUCUGAUUCUAUCUAUUCUAUGAUAGCUUUUCUGUUUCCUAUGUAAAUAUGUUAGUUAAAUUUAAGGCAACAGUGAGUUUAUAUAAAAACAAUGUUCAUUCCACUUGUAUAAAGUUUAAUGCUAGCAAAUACCAAGUGACCUAUCUUAUGACGUAUAUUUUUAAGAUUGCUUUCAGUUGCCCAUCUGCUUCCCAUUGGUAACAUUGUGUGCCACAAAGAAUUGGUGUGCAAAAUGCAAAAUGGAAAGAAAAAAAAAAGCUCAGUCUUGAAUCUGGGCUGCUUUGCAAGUACUACCUGCAGGGGCAGCCCAGGAUCAUGCUGGAGUGGUUUAGUCUGGACUUUUACUCUGUGUGACUUUGGGCACAUCAAUUAAUUGUUCUGUGUUUGUUUCUUCAUCUGGGGAAUUAGGUCAUCUUUAAGGUACUAGCCAGUUGUCAUGAUAUAAUUUCCACACUGCCAUAGGAGAAAAAAAUUGCUAUUAUCUGUUAACAUUUUAUCAAGUUGAGCUUUAGCUCUAAAAUAUUCAGAUUUCAAUAUUCUCAUACUAAGCAUUUUUAUUAUACCAUUUAAAACAUCAAGCUUAUUGUAAAUAAAUUAUACCUGAGGAAGAAA